GCGCUGGGGCCCGCGCUGGACCUGGAGGCUCUGGAACGGGGCGAUGCCGAGGCCCUGGCAGCUGUCCCGGUGACGGUGGCGGGGCUCGGGCUGGCUGCGAGCGAUGCUGAGGAGGACGGGGCAGCAGAAGCCAUGGAGGACGACAGCGCUGACCUGGAGCUCAGCACGAUGACAGUGGAGCUCAAGCCCCGGGUGAAGUCGGGGGGCACUGGGGGGGAUCCAGUGCCCCGAGCCCCCAGUCUGGAGGAGGUGGCUGCGCUCCCCCCUCUGCUCCAGGGCCAGGGGCUGCGGGCAGCCGGGAAAAGGAGGAAAAAACUGCAAAAAAGAGCAGAGAAAAUCGCCACGAAGCUGUCGGAGACACUGGAGGCAGCCAUGCAGUUCUGAGGCUUUUAUAAAUUAAAUCGCUGUAUUUAAAUGAGAA